AAGAUUUAACAUGCGGGAGCCUGAAAGCAAAAUGGGUUUCAUCCCCUUCAAUGUGACGCGACUUCUGGAGACGUUUUUUUAAAAGGGGGGCAGAGCUUGAUUCCCACCCCUGUGGUCGUGAUGCAGUGAACCUGCUCUGCGCAGAGUCUGGCCCGCGGUAUAAAAGCGCGCUGCGCUCCCACAGACCGAAUACAACAACAGGAGCGCGAAGUCAGUGCGCGGCUCAGCGACCGAAACUAAACCCGAGCACGGACGCCAGUAUGCAGGCGACAAGGAACGGAAUCUGUUGGAGACUUUUUCUAUUUUUUGGGGUGUUUUUGGAGAGUUUAUCCCAAGACUUCGCGGGACAAACCCAGUUCAUUUGCACGUCCGUGCCCAAGGAUAUGGACAUAUGCGCAGCCACCUUGCAGAACAGCGUGCCAGGGGAGGACUUGAAGACCACAGUUAUGCAGCUGCGGGAGACGGUUCUGCAGCAGAAAGAGACGAUCAUGAACCAGAAAGAGACCAUCCGAGAACUGACCUCAAAGUUGACUCGGUGUGAGAGCCAGAGUGGCACCGAGCCCGGGGACGCGCGCCCGGGGGGGAGAAGGAAAGAGACAGGGACCAAAAACACGAUGGGGGAUGUGUCGAGGGGGCCAGCUGACACUUUGACGCAGCUAUCACAGACUUUGCAGUCACUGAAGCAGAGAUUAGAAAAUCUGGAGCAAUUCAGCAGAAGUAAUAACUCGGUGCAGGCAAAAAGCUUAAAAGAUCUGCUCCAGAGCAAAAUCGACGACUUGGAGAAGCAGGUAUUGUCCCGAGUGAACAGCAUCGAGGAAGGGAAGCCCGGACUCCGGAAUGAGACGGAGCAGCGUGGGAGAGUUGAGUCCACCCUCACGUCUCUACACCAAAGGAUCUCCGACUUGGAGAAAGGUCAAAGAGAAAGCAGACCGCUGGAUAAAUUCCAACUCACGUUCUCGCUGAGAACCAACUACAUGUACGCAAAAGCCAAGAAGAGUUUGCCAGAGAUGUUCGCCCUUACCGUGUGCAUGUGGCUGAAGUCCAACGCGUCCCCUGGGGUGGGAACCCCUUUCUCCUACGCUGUUCCCGGCCAGGCCAACGAGCUGGUGCUCAUUGAGUGGGGGAACAACCCAAUGGAGAUACUAAUAAACGACAAGGUUGCAAAGCUGCCGUUUCUUAUAAACGAUGGCAAGUGGCACCAUAUCUGCGUGACCUGGACAACUCGUGAUGGUGUUUGGGAAGCUUUCCAAGAUGGUGUCAAAAGGGGGAGUGGGGAAAAUUUAGCUCCCUAUCAUCCUAUCAAGCCACAGGGCCUGCUGAUUCUUGGCCAGGAGCAGGAUACAUUUGGAGGAGGAUUUGACGCCACACAAGCUUUCGUUGGAGACUUGGCAAACUUCCACAUCUGGGAUCGGAAACUGUCAGUGGGAGAGAUUUAUAAUCUAGCAACCUGCAGCAGCAAAGCUCAAGUGGGCAACGUUUUUGCGUGGAUGGAGACCAGCCUUGAUAUUUACGGAGGAGCCUCAAAGUGGACUUUUGAAGCCUGCCGGCAGCUGAACUGAGCUGUGAGGGGAAGCCUGUGCGUUUGCAAAAGCCACUGUUGUCACGGCAUUGUUAAACUAAUCCGAAAGCUCACGAGGAGGUCAUUGCACCCGAGUAGCACCUAGAAUUUUGUCUUAGAUAUUUGAAAACAUCAUUUGUGGACGAUUUGGACAGAUUUCCAAACAGGUCCUCCUUGCGGGGGAGGCCGCUGAAGAGAGACGCCCUGACAUCCUGUGGCGCUUGAAAGCACAUCAGGUCUAUUUGUGGUUUCCUUUGAAAAAAGAUGGCGAUGCCACCUGUGAGAGCACAGGUCGCUCUUUGGGAGCAGAGUGACAGGCCAGCAUCAAACGUACAGUAGGAGGUCAUGUUAGUUUUUAGAAAACAGAUGUCACACAAUUCAAGAAAAAUGACUUCUUCAGAUCGUCCUUUCUGUCUCAACUGCCAGGGAUUUUCACUGUGAAAAGGGGCAGGGUGGACUUCUCUAAAGGGGGAAGGUGUUCUUAAAGAGGUUAUGAAAAAGACAACAUUGUUUCUCUGUCACUCUUCUUUCUCUACCACCACCUGCUUGGCGUGAUUUUGUGCGAAGAAUGACAUGUAUUCAUUGCCAAUGUUUGAGCCUGAGUGCCUUGGGCUGUGUCUCAGCACAUUCAUCAUCCUUAGCAGAGUGUUUGUGCAUUUUUGUUUGUUUUUUCUUGUAAAUUGAUUUAAAAAAAAGAAGUGUUUGUCGUGACACUUUAGGCAAAACUAGAAACGGUCGUUUAGUGUGAAAUGCAAUGCACUGAUGACAACGGCGUGUUUUACAGUUGCUCAAACUUUAGCAGGAUUGUUCUCUGUACAGUAACAGCAUGUCUUAACCUCUGUAAAGCUGCGUCAGCAUCUUUGAUCUUUGCUUUGGGUAUCCUUCUUUUAGGUUGAGGUUUUAUACUGUAUUGUUAUAAGCUUACAGCAUGGCAGCACCGAGAGACGUUAAAAAAAAAGUUCUAGUUUUUGUAAUAAAUUGUGAUACUUGAAUCAUAUUCAAGUGUAAAUAUGUUUAUUUUUGCACACGUAGUUGUUGUUGAGGCUCAUAAACUCACAGCAAUAAAAAGCACAAACUUUUGCUUCUUCAGCAGUCCUCGAACUUGAAAUUCGAUUGGUACUAUUAAAAAAAAGAAUGAUGUGUAUCUAUUACAGAGCUUUUU